UGUAUACAGGGAAACGACCUGUUUAGACAGUUGUACUCAUCAUCAGCAAGAAAGACAAAUCUCAAGAGAGCCUGAGUGUCUGAUGUUCAUGGUCACUCAGUCCCACACUCACCAUGGCUUGGACAAAAUACCAGCUCUUUCUCGCCGGUCUGAUGCUCACCACAGGCUCUAUUAACACACUCUCCGCAAAAUGGGCUGAUAUGUUCUCUGCACCUGGAUGUAAUGGUACCCCAGUUCAUGCCUUCUCCCACCCUUUUGUACAGGCUGUGGGAAUGUUUUUGGGAGAGCUGUCCUGUCUGGUGGUGUUCCACAUUCUCCUUUGUCAUGAUCGGUGCAAACCUGAGCCCACGAUGGAUCCGGGCCAAAGUUUCAACCCCCUACUUUUCCUCCCCCCUGCCCUUUGUGACAUGUUGGGAACAUCCAUCAUGUAUAUUGCACUGAACAUGACCAGCGCCUCUAGUUUCCAGAUGCUGCGAGGAGCUGUGAUCAUCUUUACUGGACUGUUGUCUGUAGCGUUCUUAGGACGGCGACUGCAGCCCAGCCAGUGGAUUGGGAUCCUAGUCACCAUCCUUGGUCUGGUGGUGGUUGGCCUGGCUGACUUUCUGAGUGGCCAUGGGAAUGACUCCCAUAAGCUCAGUGAGGUUAUCACAGGGGACCUUUUGAUCAUCAUGGCGCAGAUUAUUGUUGCAGUCCAGAUGGUCCUGGAGGAGAAGUUUGUUUACAAGCACAAUGUGCAUCCACUGAAGGCUGUUGGGACUGAAGGUUUUUUCGGAUUUGUCAUCCUCUCUUUGCUCCUCAUCCCAAUGUUCUACAUCCAUGUGGGAAGUUUUGCAGACAACCCACGGCAGGUCCUUGAAGACGCGUUGGACGCCUUUUGUCAGAUUGGUCAUAAGCCUCUCAUUUUACUGGCACUUCUGGGCAACACUGUGAGCAUUGCCUUCUUUAACUUCGCUGGCAUCAGCGUCACCAAGGAAAUAAGUGCCACCACUCGCAUGGUGCUGGACAGUCUGCGUACUGUGGUCAUCUGGGUCAUGAGUUUGGCGCUGGGUUGGGAGGUAUUCCACGGCCUACAGAUUUUAGGCUUCAUCAUCCUACUCCUUGGUACAGCGCUGUACAAUGGACUGCACAAGCCCUUGAUGGCCAAAUUGCCCUGCUGCCCUGGAGAGCAGAGAGCAGAGGAGGAAGAAGCCCCAGAGAGAGAGAGGAUGCUUGGUGAAGGAAAAGCUGCAAAUGAGAGCUAAUAUUGGACUUUGAACAAAAUGCUGUCCACAAAGCAUUUUUGUUUUUAGUUUUAACUGUUAUUUCCAUUUUAAGAAAGAAUAACGUUUUAGUAUUGUUUUAGAGUUUGAUUGGGAUGCACGAUAUUAUCGGACUGAUACUGAAACGGAUAUGAAAAAUGAUGCUGAUAUGUCUUGCCGAUAAGAGGAAUGAAUACCUUAACUCACAUGUGCU